AUGGGCCCCGAUGGGAAAAGGCUACCGGCCGUACCGCACAAGAAGCGCUGGUGGAUUCUCGGAGGCGUCGCUGUCCUCCUGGCCGUGCUCGUCGUCGCCAUUGCCGUACCUGUCACGACGCUCCUUGACGACAAGGACAACAACACCACAAAGAGCCCAGAUGGCACGGUGGAGCCUGGGACCGGUCCUGGAGGCAAGGUGCUCACCAGCGGAGGCGACGGCACUAAGAUCAGGAUGGAUAAUGGAACCAUUUUCACCUACUCGAAUCCGUUUGGCGGGACGUGGUCCAGCGACCUCACGGACAACAGCGCAAGAGCUCAGAAUUACACGCCAGCUCUAAAUGCGACGUGGGACUACGCAAAGAACAGGAUUCUCGGUGUCAAUCUCGGUGGUUGGCUGGUCCUGGAGCCCUUCAUCGUUCCCAAUCUCUUUGAGCCGUACGAAAACACGUCGAGUCCCAUCCUCGACGAAUACGGCCUCUCUCAGAAAUGGCAAUCAGAGGGCCAACUGGAACAAAAGAUGCGACAGCACUACGACACUUUUAUCACCGAGUAUGACUUUGCUCUGAUCGCAGGCGCCGGUCUCAACUGGGUCCGACUCCCCCUUGGCUACUGGGCCAUCGAGACGAUGGCGAAUGAGCCGUACCUGCCCAAGGUAUCGUGGGAGUACUUCCUCAAGGCGAUCCAAUGGGCUCGCAAAUAUGGUCUGCGCAUCGAGCUAGACCUGCAUGCCAUGCCAGGCUCCGUCAACAAUUACAACCACGGCGGCAAAUCUGGCGUCCUCAACUUCCUCAACUCGGCGGCUGGUAUGCAGGCCGCUCAGAGGGGCCUCAACUACAUCCGUGUCAUCACCGAGUACAUCUCUCAGCCCGAGAUUGCAAACGUCGUGCCCAUCUUCGGCAUUAUCAACGAGCCGAACACAGGCCUGGGCAUCGGCGUCGAGAACCUCAAGCGCUUCUACUCCGAGGUCUAUCAGGAGGUCCGGAACAUUACGGGGACUGGAGCCGGCAAGGGUCCCAUCAUUGCCCUCAGCGAUGGUUUCGCAGGCUUGAACAACUACCAAGGCUUCCUGAGUCAAGCAGAUCGAGUAGCGUGGGACCAACACGCCUAUGUUGCUUUCACACCACCUUUUCCCGAUCGUACUGGGCUCACGCAGACUGCUUGCAACUACUAUGGCAGUUCGACCGACGGCUAUUUUGUUCAAAAUGGACUGACGAUUGCUGGAGAAUGGUCGCUGGCCACCAAUGAUUGCGGUCUCUAUCUCAAUGGCGUCGGACUCGGCUUCCGAUACGAAAAUUCAGACCAGGCCGACAAGUCGCACCCGCAGUACUUUGGCUCUUGCGUUCCCUUUGACGAUUGGGCAAACUACGACAAUUCGACAAAAGCGGCCAUGAAGCAAGGGGCGCUCGCGCAGAUGGACGCUCUCCGCAACUUCUUCUUCUGGACCUGGAAGAUCGGCGAUAGCUUGCGCACGGGCAAGCCAGUCAAUCCAAACUGGUCCUACCUACUCGGAAUCCAGCAGGGUUGGAUGCCCACGAACCCACAAAAGGAGUCGAACGGCUUCUGUGCCUCGUACCAAAAGCAGAACAGCUCGGCGUCGAUCACCUGGACGGGCUUCACGAGCUGGUCUUCGACAUUUUCAGAUUACAUGACGGGGGCCGCGUCGACGUACAACCCCCAGACACAGACUUUUGCCUGGCCGCCAACGUCGAUGUCGACGGGUAUUGCGUCGAACAGCAACGUUGGAAGCACACCUGUCUCGGCGAUUCCGAGUUAUACGGCCACGGGCACCCCUCUGUCAGCUGGAACUCCGACGGUGUCUGCGUCCAUCAGCGGCGAAGCGACGCCCACGCUCAAUCCCUGGGCCAACAAUUCAAAGGCCGCACCGGCCUAUGCCGCGAUCAACGGGUGCGGCUACUACAUGGACAUUUUUAACGUGCAAAACAGCGACAAUGUCGGCCAGUGGCCUUGCGCAGGCAGUGCACCGUCAAAGAGGAGCCCACAGCCAAUGCCUACGCCCGUCGCUUCGCCGAACCCUGGGCCAGCAGCACCUGCCUCAACACCAGCGCCGCGACGGAGGUGA